GGCAGAACUAUGCCGUAGGUCAACAGAGGCGCCACUGUCGCUACGCCCUCAGCCUCUCGAUCGGUUUUAGGAGCAGUGGGUUUGAUCUAGAGAUGGAUUUCUAGGUCUGAUUUUUCUCAGAGCAGUCACUCUUCCCAGCUUCCUGGCUCAUCACCUCAGGAAAAGAAAGUGUCAGUGGAAUCAGAGGGAUUGGAAGCCACUGGAAUGUCAGCGGGAAGAGAACCUCCGGAGCACCGAAAGCUAUUAGCACCAGACAAGAAUGAGGGGGAGGGGACCACCAAAGAAGCCGGAAGGCCUUCAGAAGAAGCUCAGCAACAGACAAUUCUGACCCUAGAUGAAGAGGAAGAGGAGAAUGAAGGCACUAUCGAAGCAUCUGGAAUGCCAUCCGGACGAGACCCUCUAGCGCAUCAGAAGAUGUUGGCACCACAUGAAGAGGACGAAGGGUCGGUUAAAGCAGCUGGAAUGCCAUCUGGAAGAGAGCCUCGGGAACAUCAGAAAAUGUUGGCACCACAUGAUCGCAAAGAAGAGGAGGGGUCAGUUAAAGCAGCUGGAAUGCCAUCUGGAAGGGAGCCUCGAGAGCAUCAGAAAAUGUUGGCACCGUGUUAUCGCAAAGAAGAGGAGGGGUCGGUUAAAGCAGCUGGAAUGCCAUCUGGAAGAGAACCUCGGGAGCAUCAAAAAAUGUGCGUCCCAUAUGAACAUAAAGAAGCGGAGGGGACAGUUAAAGCAGCUGGAAUGCCAUCUGGAAGAGAGCUUCGGGAGCAUCAUCAAAUGUUGGUGUCAGAUGAGCAUAAGAGUGAGACCCUAGUCCAAGCAGCUGUAAGACCAUUAGUAGAAGCUCGGCACCAGCAGAGGAUGUCACAGGCCCCAUUUUGGCAAGAGUAUGAGGAGACUUCGACCAAAGCAACUGGGAUGUCAUCAGAAGGAGAAGCUCAGCGGCAGCAGAGGAUGGCCCGGGCACCAUUUUGGCAAGACUAUGGUGAGACUUUGACCAAAGCAGCUGGGAAGUCAUCAGAAGGGGAAGCUCAACGACAGCAGAGAAUGUCACAUGCACCAUUUUGGCAAGAAUAUGAGGAGACUUCAACCAAAACAGCUGGGAAGUCAUCAGAAGGAGAAGCUCAGCGACAGCAGAGAAUGUCCCAGGCACCCUUUUGGCAAGACUAUGGUGAGACUUCGACCAAAGCAGCCGGGAAAUCCUCAGAAGGAGAAGCUCAGCGACAGCAGAGGAUGUCACAGGCACCAUUCUGGCAAGACUAUGGUGAGCCUUCAACAAAAGCAGCCGAAAAAUCCUCAGAAGUUCCGCAGUCGCCCAAAAUGGACAAGCCUGAGAAAGAGGAGGGCGUCAAAGCCGCUGGUAAACCUUCAGGUGAAGUAGCCCAAUUGCAAAAGAAGAUGUUGGCCACGGGCAUGUAUGAGGAGGAUAAAGAGGGCUACAUUAAAGCAGCUGGGAAACGGUCUGGGGAAGUUUCUCGCCUACAACAGAAAAUGCUACGGCCGGAUGGACACGAUAGAGGGGAGGAAGGAUACGUUAAAGCAGCUGGAAAGCCAUCUGGGGGUGUUCCUCGACUUCAGCAGAAGAUGUUGCGACCCGAUGCCUCUGAUGAAGAGGAGGAAGGAUAUGUUGCAGCAGCUGGAAAGCCAUCAGGGGGUGUAGGUCAACUACAGCGAAAGAUGUUUCCACCGAAUGAAAGUGAGGAGGAAGAAGAAGAAGACGAUGAAGCUGAUUCUGUGAAAGCAGCUGGAAAGCCAUCUGGGGAAGUGGCUCGACUACAGCGGAAGAUGUCAGUACCCACCGGGUGUGGGGAUGAAGAAGGGGGCUUAGAGCAUCUGGGUUAACGUCAGGAGGAAAACCUUAGCUAA